AUGCCUGGCUACCAGACAAUGUCGGGUCGAUCGACACUACCCGCUCCCAUGAUCAUGCAGUUUCCUCCUUUCCAGAUCGAGGAAGCGGAUUAUAGGGCAGGGAUCAUAAACGUGACGGCAAGGUCUCCAAUAGGAAAUGUCAUUCCACUAAAAAUUUCAAAAGAUAGCACCGGGCAGUUCACUACAAAUUUUAUUCCCGAUGAAAUUGGAGACUGGACGAUCACGAUAACAAGCAAUGGACGUCCUAUAAGUGGCAGUCCCUUCACUGUAAGAGUCUACGAUGGCACAAAAGUUAAAGUUUUCGGGAUAGAAGGAGGAGAUAAUGGACAGCCCGUAUCGUUUACCGUUGACACAGCCAAUGCCGGAAAUGGAAAACUAAAAGUGGAGGUAACCAAAGAUGGCAAACCGAUCAUUCCUAAUAUAGCGCAGUACGGAAAACAAUACAAAAUCAACUUCAGCCCAGAGGGUGCUGGUGUAUAUUCCAUCCGAGUUUUCUACGCUACUGUUGAAGUUCCGGGAUCGCCAUUCAAAGUGACCAUAGUGGACUCGAGCAACGUCACAGCAUCUGGAGAAGGCCUGCAUUCAUGUCUGGCCGGCAAAACAACGUCCUUUAUAGUAAACACCGGAAGAGCAAUUUUAACGGAUGGUGAAGUAACGAUUAAUAUAAUUUCUCCAAGCGGGAUACCCACAUAUCCAACUGCAAAGCCAAUUGGAGCUGGUAGCUACAAAGUCAGUUACCUCCCUGAGGAGGUUGGAAGAUACACGAUUCACGUCAAAUAUGGUGGCAAACCCAUUUUUGGUAGUCCUUUCAUAGUGGACGUGUUUGGUUUGAAUGAAGUUGCGGUACUAAGUUUGACAAAGCAAACAGUAGUCAAUAAAAUGGCUAUUUUGGAAUUUGACGCCAAAGACAGUGGAACCGCGGAACCAAUUGUUAAAGUUAACGACGGUAAGGUACCGUGUGACCUUAAAAAAUUAGAUGGUAGAAAGUAUCGAGCUUCGUUCACGCCUAGAAAAACUGGACAUUUUUACGUAGAGGUAAAACUAUACAACGUGGAAAUUCCUGGAAGUCCGUUCAAGGUCAAAGUACACGACGGAUCGAGAGUAGCCACGUCGUUGGACGGAGCCAGAGGAAUUUUGAAGAUGCCUAUGAAAUUCGAAGUUAAUACUUCGCCAUACGAAGGAGAGGUCAAAGUUCAAGUAUACAGCCCCACAAGAAAAUUGACUCUUUGCAAAGUUAUUAAAGUUGACGACCAAAUUUACAAUUGCGAAUUUCUCCCUACUGAAUUAGGCAACUAUGAUGUCUCGAUAUCAUUUGAAGAUCAUCAAAUUGAAGGAAGUCCAUUUACAGUUCCGGUAUCAAAUCCAAGUGGUGUGCUUGUUUCGAUGAAGUCCAGAUCAUUAGUGCUAGGUCAGACUUUCCACCUGACAGCUGACACCACAAAAGCAGGACCAGGAGAUCUUUCUGUCCGUGCCAGCAAUGUAUCCGGUCCGGUACCAAUGGAAGGAUCAUUAAUUGCAAAUGGAAUGUAUGCAGUUUCCUUCAUUCCUCAGAUUCCAGGAAAGUAUUUCAUUGAAGUGUCAUUUGAUUGUCUACCAUUGCCUGACAGUCCCAUCAUACUGACAGUUUACGACGUUAGAAACGUAACGAUAUCUGCUGGAAACUCGCCUCUAACCGCAGUUGGUCAUUCUAGAGCCAUUCACGUCAACACAGAGCACGCAGGAAAUGCAGAGUUGCAAGCCAGGUUAACCGCUCCUGGUCAACAUUCGUCUCCUCUUCAAAUAACUGGUACCAGCCAAACUGGAUACGACAUAUCCUUUAUCCCACGAUGCCCUGGUCCACACAAAAUCGACGUCACUUACGGAGGUGUUGUGGUGCCACACAGUCCAAUCACAUUCAUGGCUUACGAUUCAUCAAAAAUAAAAGUUAUUGGCGUGUGUGACAGAGUUGUCGGAAAGAGGUCUACAUUCCUGAUCGACCUGAAUGAUUCCGGUGAGGGAGAAUUAGAAGUUGUUGUGAUGUCAUCUAGCGGUAAACCAAUUAUGAACGAUGUCAAUGCACUGCAGCCUGGUAAGUUGGAAGUUUCCUUCGUACCAAUAGAAGGAGGAACGCAUUUUGUUGAAGUCACGUUUAAUAAAGAAAUUGUUCAAGGCAGUCCUUUUAAAUUUAAAGUUUCCGAUCCAAAUAAAACGCAAGUUAGAGGAGAUGGCAUUGAAACAGCUGAAGUCAACACUCCAGCACAUUUUUUCAUAGUAUCAAAUGAUGCGAAAGUUGGAGAUUUUGACGUUCAGAUUAAAGGACCGCCCAAAUCAAGGCAAGUUCAUCCACUCGUGAGCGAAUCGGGCCACAACCAAUUGAAAGUUGAAUAUACCACAAGAAACGUUGGUGAAUAUCAAAUAAGCAUUCAAUACCUUGAUAUGCCCAUCCCGAACAGUCCGUUCUACGUCAAAUCGUGGGACGCAUCGAAAGUUGUUCUAUCGAGGGUUGGACAGAGUCACGUCGGUGUCGAGUCUUCAUUUUUUGUCGAAAUGAAAGAUGCUGGAGAUGGUACAGUGGAGAUAAGCAUCGUAGAUCCUACAGGUCAACUGAUACCAAAUCAAGUGUCCAGUAAAUGUCCAGGCGUUCUUGAAGUCAAAUACGUUCCUCUUGUCGCUGGAGAUCACAACAUAAUGAUUGAAUUUAAUGGUGUAAAAAUUAACGGAACACCGAUGCAAUUCCAAGUCGUUGACCCCGGUAAGGUCACGGUCAAAGGUGAAGGCUUAUCAACGAUAACGUGUAACGCAGUCGCGUGUUUUGUCAUAAGUGCACCUGAUACACAGAUGCGAGAUGUUGACGUCCACAUAAUAGGACCGAAUGGAAAUGACGUGUUGUACAAUAUAAACGAAAGAGGAGGCUCCUACAGAGUUGACUACACCCCAAAAAUGGCCGGAGAUUACGUCAUCGAUGUUUCCGUCUACAAGACACCAGUCAAGUGCAGUCCGUUCAUAGCAAAAGCGUUCGAUGCAACUAAAGUUAUGAUUGCAAAUGUCAGCAUGGGAAAUGUUGGAGAGAAAAGUGAGUUUAAAAUAAUUUUAGCUGAAGCGGGUGAAGGUGUAUGCGAAAUAUGUAUAACAGAUCCUAAUGGUCAGUUGGUGCCAAACCAAGUAGCGUCACCUGCGCCUGGAAUACUGGACGUCGUAUAUGUACCGAGCGUGUACGGACAUCACAAAGGUGUUGUACUGUUUAACAAACAAAAUAUACCGGGAAGUCCGUUUAGUUUUAUGGUAGUUGAUAAAAGCAAAGUUACUUGCAAAACUAAUAAUUCAGGAUUUGCACCAGUCAAAAAGUUAACUAGCGUCUUGAUUCAAGCACCCAUGGCGGAGAUGAAAGAUAUCGAAGUGAAAGUUAUUGGACCGAAAGAAGUUGAAAUCCCAUGCGAUGUUUGUGAUGCUGGAUCAAACAGUUUCCGAGUGGAUUUCACGCCGCAGGUCUCAGGCGAUUAUCACGUUGCAGUGAAAUACUUCAACCAGCCGAUUCAUGUUUGUACAGUAAAAGCAUGGGAUAUCUGCAAGGUAUUUGUUAGCAGCAUUGAAAUAGCAAGAGUCAAAUCAGAGAACGUUUUCAACGUGGAUGUAAGAGAGGCUGGAGAGGGUAAACUGGAAAUAAGCAUUCAAAAUUUCUCAAAUCAGAUGAUCGAAAAUACCAUUACACCAGUAUCAAAAACUCCAGGACUGUACCAUGUAUCUUGCACUCCGCUCGUCACUGGAAUCCACAAAGUUUACGUUCAGUUCAAUGGAGAAAAUGCAAACGGAAGUCCAUUUCAAAUGGUGGUAUGCGACCCAAAGCAAGCAACGGUCAGUGGGGAAGGCCUGGGAAUAGUUCGCUGCAACAGACCUACCUUUUUUGAAAUAAACGGACCAGCAGCUCUACUGGCCGACGUUCAUGUUAACAUUAAGAGUCCAACACGCAAGGAAGUAAAAUCAAAAGUAAAAGAAAAAGCAGCUGGAAAAUUUUUGGUAGAAUACACGCCUGAAGAACCUGGAGAACAUUUGAUUUCGGUUAAAUAUUUUGAUGAACCCAUUCAAAACAGUCCGUUUAUUUCCAUAGCGUGGAAUAUUGGAUUUGUGAAGGUAGAAUGCAUAAAACCAGGAAUCAUUGGAAGAACCAACACUUUCCACAUCAAUGCCGGGGAAGCUGGUCCCGGCAAUCUUGAGGUAAUGAUCACAUGCAAUGGACAAGUUGUGAAAAACACUGCAAGAGCCAUUCAAGACACCGGGCUUGUUGAAGUAACAUACACUCCAGUAUCAUUUGAGCCACAUUUGAUCAACGUAAAAUACAACGGAGAGCCAGUGAUUGGAUCACCAUUUGUAUCUACGGUUUUGAACGGCAAUCUUGCGCGAGCAACUGGACCGGGACUAGGAAGAGUGAAAGCCAACGUGCCUACAAAAUUUACAGUCAUUGCCAACGCUGUUGAAAGUCCAGCAGAUCUUGAAGUUUUAAUCACUUCACCAUCCGGUCAAAUUGUACCAGCAUCUAUUUCCGGCUCCCAUAAUUCUGGAUACGUUGUUGAGUACAUUCCUUUAGAAGCAGGACAACAUUUGUUAUCGGUAAAGUAUGCUGACAUGGAAAUAAAGGAUAGUCCAUUCCAUCCGGACGUUUUUGAUCCGACACACGUUGUCGUUAGCUGCAUACCAGUUGGCUGCAUCAACACAUGUGUUUCAUUCAAGGCCGACACGAGUAACGCUGGAUGUGGCAGAUUAACUGCCUCAGUACAAGGUGUCAAAACACGUCCCAUCCCAGAAAUUUCAACGGACUGUAAUGGUGUUUCUAUGAUUAGUUUCACGCCGAUCGAAAGCGGCCUUCACCACAUAGCGAUAAAGUUUAACGAUUGCGACGUCCCAGGGUCGCCGUUUAAAUGCUCCGUUGUCGAUCAAAAUAAAGUUAGAGUUAGAAUGGAUAUGACCGGCUUCAAACCUGUCGGCAAACCAGUUCAAAUGCAACUGGAUACAGAGGACAUGUCAGAUCUUCCAAUACAAUCAAGUGUAGUCGAUCCAGAUGGAAACCCUGUUGAAAUAGCAGAGCAGCGUGCAGGAUCAAUACACACAUUGCAAUUUCUACCAGAAGUCGUCGGUAAGUACGUUAUAAACAUUUUUUAUGGAUGCGGUUUAGUGCCCGGAAGUCCCUUUCAUUGCUUAACGUACGACCCGUCACAAGUGAAGAUCGUAGAUCUAACUAACAACGGAACAAUGGGUCAGGACAUCAGUUUCCUCGUUGAUACAACUGAAGCAGGUCCCGGCCCGGUUGAUGUGAACAUCACGUCCAACGGUAAAGGGGUUCCGACUAAGAAAGAAAAAUACAUGGAUAAGCAUAAAUUUACUUUCUGCGCAAAAUAUCCAAGCGAUUAUUUGAUCAAUGUUCAUUUUAACAAAGAACAAGUUCCAGAAACUCCGUUCAUUUAUAAAAUUAUUAAUCCAGCUAACAAUAUGAAUUUGGUAAGUGGAAACAACAACAAGCCGGUCGCCGUCGGCCAGCCCGUGUGGGCGGCUGUAGUACCCCCUCAUGAUGUUCGAAUAUGCGCCAAUGAUUGCGUUGCUGAAGUCAUUGGUCCGUACAAUGACCAACUACUCCCGUCACGUGUAUCCGGCUUAUCAAACGGAAAUGUGAAAGUUGAAUACACGUCGAAAAUUUGUGGACUACACGCCAUCAGGGUCACGUACGGAGGUCAGCUGGUACCUGGAUCGCCAGUAAUCAACAACAUCUUCGAUCCUAGUUUAAUAACAAUCGAAGGCGUUAAAUACGGUGAGGUCGGAAGGCCGAUGGUAUUCGACAUCGUUAAAAAUGAAUGUGGAAAUGCAGAGUUACUUGUUACUGUAACCGAUCCGAACGAUAUCGAAUUGCCAAUUUCGAUUGUAGAUAUUGAUAACGGUGAUCGUGUCACAUACAUGCCAGAGAUGCCAGGUAUAUACAAAAUCAACGUAACGUAUGGCGGUUGCAUCGUUCCCGGAUGCCCAGUUCGACAGGAAAUAGCGGCAUAUUAUCCAGCUACAGCAAGUGGAGACGGACUUUUUAAAGGAUUAGUUGGAAAAAAAGCCACUUUCAAUGUCGACACGAAAAAGCAAAUUGGAGAAUUAGUUGUACAAGUGCAAUCUCCAAACGGACCUGUGAAAUCUGACAUAACUCCAGAAAUAAAUGGAAACUUCAGGGUUGACUACGUUCCUCCAGAAGCCGGAACUUAUAGCGUCAUCAUGACUUUUAAAAAGAAAGAAAUACGCGGACCAUUUAAUCCAAUUAUAAGUGAUCCUUCGCAAGUGAAAGUUGUUGAUAGUUGGGAAUUUUGGCCCCAAGAAGAUCACGUGAUUGUCCCAAUCAAUCAAUUGAAAACGAUCGGCUUCAACACAGAAAUGGCAGGUCCAGGAGAAAUGACGGCCACGAUCGAUCCACCAGAUGGCAACACCUGCCUGGCACCAGACCUCAUACAAACAGAAGGGGGAUACCUCCUAAAAUUCAUUCCAAAAUCAUUUGGCAAUUACGUCAUCCGCGUGUAUUACAACAAACUACCCAUCAAAGUGUUCCCCAUAAUUGCCAUGUGCAAUCCUCAAACGCUGGACCUUGUAGUUGAUAUACCACCCGAACCAAACACCUGCUGCGCCAAUUGCACGUGUGAAAAAGAUGAAAAACAAAAAGAAGAAUGUGGAAUGGGAUGCAACCGCAACGGAUCACCCUAUCCACCCCCUGCGAAAGAUGACAACAGCAGCAGCGAGGAAGAAGAUAACAUUAUCGUUGCACAGAAGGAAUCAAAAGUGGGAAGAGCUCGACCUGGCAAAAAUGUUAAAUUUAAUGAUAAACUGGAAACGAUAGAUGACAAAAAAAAAAUCGAAAAUGAAACUGAAAACAAAGUUGAGAAUCUAACUAAUGCUUAUAUUCUAGAUCCAAAUCUAGGACUUAUUCAAACUCAAAUAGUGCCUCAAUUCCUAAAUCCCCAGAUUGUUGGUGGUCAGUUACAAGCCGUUCCCCAAAUUGUUGAUUCUAAUGGUUUUUCUCUAGCUGCGCCACAAUAUAUUUUUCAACAACCACAAAUUGAAGUUGUUCCAAACAUGGCACCAACUGCUUUUAUGUCAUCCCAAGAUCCACAAAUUAUAGGUGGUCAGUUGCAAACUGUUCCACAAAUUGUUGGUGGUCAGUUACAAGCCGUUCCUCAGAUUGUUGAUUCUAAUUAUGUGUCUCUAGCUGCGCCACAAUUUAUUCUUCAACAACCACAAAUUGAAGUUCAAAAUAUGCCAUCCCAAGUUCAACCCAUCGUCGUUCAAGAAGCGGUUCAACAAUUUGAAAAUGCAAAACCAAACUAUCCGUACGAAGUGAACGCUUGCAAAAUUAGUGGAAACAUUUGCAACGUGCCUGAAAUACAACAACCCAUUAUUUAUGCUGUUGAAACUCCACCUCCAAAAAAAGAAACUGCAAAUUCAUCCGUUCAAACACUUUCGAUUGAUGCUGUGGAAACGCAAACAGAUCCCGAACCACCACAACUGAUACCUGUCAUAUACGAAGACUACCAAAUUGAGCUAUGCUGCCCAAUACAUCAAUUCCAGCCCGCUUGUCCAACCUGUCCAACAUGCACCAGAUUUCCUCCUCAGUGCAUGCCGUGUCCAUGUCCAGAACCGAAAACAACAUCAUCAUCAUCUGUUCAAACUGUUCCAGAACAAUCGACAGGUGGCACGCAGACUGAUGACUGCCAACCAAAAGAAGUGAUUGACGUCAUUCACAUGAUGGAGCCCCAACCUAUGUGUCAUCCACCUCAACCCAUGCUAAUUCUAUCCCAUCCGGAAUGUCCGCCUCCUCCUUGCAUGGCUACUUCAUGCCAAACAGCACAGACGGCAACUGCGAAUGAUGAGUCCGUAGUGAUAGUCCCAUGUGAUCCCAACCAGCCCAUCCCUCAACAACUGACCACGGCAGACGGACAAUUUGUACUUCUACCUUACAAUUCAUGUUGUCCAGUUGGUGGCCAGGAGGUCAUAGCACCACCGACUGAGAUGGAUCUUAUGAAAGCAAGACACGACGAAUUCAAGAACUAUAUGUCAACGAGGGUUUUAGAACCCCAGGAAUGCUUCCAUCACAUCUUUAUUGAACCUCCACCUUGCGUGCCUGAAACAAAGAAACCCGAAACAGAGAGCAUGGUGGAACUUGUGAAACUUCUCAGCGAAAUGAACAGGUCCAAAGAGCAGAAGGAACAAAUACUGAUUGAAGAGCCAUGCAGAAUAGACGAAAACAUGGUGGUGCUGUCUGGGCCGGGUUUGUCCCUUGCAAGGUGCCGGGAGCAAGCCUGUUUUGUUAUUGACGGAAAAGCAGCCGGCCCGGGCGUGCCUUCUGCCAAACUGAUUGGACUGAAAGAAGAGAUACCCGUGGACAUAGAGCUAGUUGAUGAGAAUCUCUAUGGUUGCAGUUACGUUCCAACAGUAGCUGGCGCCUACCUCUUGACAGUUUGUUGGAGUGGUCGGCAAGUUCUAGGCUCACCGAUCAAAAUAACAGUCCUUCCAUGUUGCGAUCCCAAGCAGGUUACCCUCUACACGGAAUGUCUCAAAUGCGCUCAAAUUGGUCAGGAUGUCAGUGUGGUGGCCGACUGCAGACGAGCUGGCUGUGGAAACCUAACGGCUCACGUACAGGGACCGAGCAAGUUGUACAACUGCGAUGUGGACAAUAGGAACGACGGAACAUUUGAAAUCGUGUUCAGGCCAGUCGAGGCCGGAAGCUACACGCUGAACGUCAUGUACGAUGGCGAACAUGUACCAGAAAGUCCUUUCCAGUUCAAGGUCGGCGCGUCACCAGACGCCAGCAAGGUGAAGGUCUCAGGCGAGGGUCUCAAAAAUGGCAUCCUCGCCACCUUCAACAGCAGCUUCUGCGUUGACACCAGAGGGGCUGGCCCUGGAAAGUUGAAUGUCAAGGUCAGGGGCAAAAAAGGAGCGUUCCAGGUGGAAAUGAAACGAGAUCCACACCGGGAUCGAGUGAUCUUGUGCAAGUUCAACCCAGCGGAAGUAGGUGAGUACUGGGUCAACAUCCUCUGGUCCGGCGCUCACGUUCCCGGAAGUCCCUUCAAGGUAAUCGUAGUGGAUACGCUCCAGGAAUUGAAAGCUCUGGGAUCCGGAGCUAAGCAGACCUCGUCCGAUAUGUUCUACGGAUCCAUGAGUAGCGAUCCUGGAAGUAAUUUGUCGUUUGGCGGGGAAGAUUUUUAAUAUUUUUUUCUUUAAAAACAAUUUUUUCACAUUUUUUCAAACUACAAUCAGUUUCACUAAUUUGUACUAGUUAGAUUAGUGUUAAUGAUUUUUUAUUUGGUUCUAAAGAAUGAGUGAAAGAAUGGGUGACUUUUAAUUUGUAUGGAAAACCAAAUGUACCGCCCCCAAUAUAUACAUACAUAUUUAUUCGUUGCAUAAAUUGUUAUUUCUGCUUUACGAUGACUUUGAUAAUCUCAAAACUAAUAAAAUUAAUUUUAUUCAAAUCAUUUUUUGAUCCAGUUUUAAUCUUCAUAAUAAUAAUAAUAAUAACAAUAAUAAUAAUAGAAUCUGUCAGCAAUCAUGAAAUUAAAAUAUAAACAUAAAUAAAAAUACGAACAAAAAUUUAUAUACGUUUAUUUAUGUGUGUGUGUGCGUGCGUGUGUGUGUGUGUGUAUGUAUGUGUGUAGAUACAUAUAUUAUAUAUAACACUGCUCCAGGCUAUACUGUGAUAAAAAGUAAAUUUUUAAUUUUCUAACAAUUUUCUUCUUAAGUAUAACAUAACAUAUUAACGUAAAUAUCGAGACGCACAUACACACACACGCACGCACACACUCAUGCACACACACACACACAGACUCACAAACACUCGCUCACACAAACACACACACUCAUGACAUACAUAUGCGUAGGGAUUUAAUUGAUUGUUUAUGGGUUAAAUCUAAAUAAAUAUUUUCAAUUAAUAUUAUUUGCCCAUUUAUUAUAUAAUCAUUAUUAUUAUUUUUAUUAUUAUUAUUCUUUGUAUUGUUUUUAUUAUUUCAAGUUUGGAGGAUAAUGAUCUGAAUAAAUGUAUAUAUAUAUAUAUAUAUAUAUUAUUUAAUUGCGUUUAUUUAUACAGUAAUAUAUUUAUUAGAAACAAUAUAUAUAAUAUAUUUAUAUAUAUUAUUUUUUAUUUAGUUAAUAAUAUUAUUGUAACUGAAAUUGUUAUGAUUUUCAUUUUUACAUCGUCUCCAUCGUCUCAGAAUAAAAGGAAUUUGUAUUUUUUU